GCGCAUCACAACGGUGCAUUUUUCUGCCCGCCCGCCAUCCGUAUCGUUUCUCGAGGUCAGCGAGUCCAGCGCCGCGUGGGCGACCCUGGAGGAAACGGAGCAUGAAGAAACGGUCCGUUUUCUAAGGAAGGAUUUGAUCAGUUGAAGAAGAACAUGCAAUUUGUUCCAAGGAACUGAGGCUUUUGGCUUCUGGUCUUGAGAUGUGAUUCACGUGUCCGACUUCUUUUCCUUGCAAAAAGGGGUCGCAAGAAGAGUUCCUGCAAGAAGAGUUCGUGCAGUGAGUCGCGACGCGCCAGUCAACAUCGUCAACGCACUGAAGAUGCCACAAACUCCUUGAAUGUUUGGUUACCCGUUCGCUUGCUGUCAUUUUUGGUGAAAUCCCGGCCACGUGGGCAGACGUUGUCACACAAUCAAUGAGUCCUCGAAGUGGUCCCUCUAAGAGACAAUGACAAGGACUUGGGACAUUUCACUGGAGUUGGGGUCAGAGGCCACCAGAGGCCCCCCUGCCGGAUACAACAACACUUUUUCAGGACCAGGUUUUACUGCGCUAGACUGGACUUGUAUGGAUAUAUACCUGGACCAGGAUCCCGGAUGUUUAGGACUGGAUGGCAGGUAUGAUCCAGGGACUUGUAGGCUCAGACGGCUCAACUUGUAUAGGCUCAGAUGGUCAGACGAGCGCACGUCAGCCUACACAGGUCACCACCGAGCGUCUCUUGGCCGAGUGUGGCAGCACCCGUCGCUCCGAAGCCACCGCAGCUGAAGUUGGCGGGAUCACCGGACCCGGAUGCCGUGGAGACCGCCAGUGUAGCGAGCUCCAGAUCUAUGGGUUCCAGAUCGUGCACCUCGACCGUCUCGGUGAACAGCGAGUUCAUUCAGGAGCGGCUGCCGGGCAGGCAGAGAGAGACUGCCAAGAUCCAGAGUGAGCUGAAGGCCUUCGUGCGGGAGAUGGUGCGAGGGCGGAAACUCAGCGUCAUCGCUCCAGACGGCUCCUUACGGAGCUGUAGCUGCUCCUUGGACAAGCGGUUGAAGCACUUCGUCAUCGAACUGAAAGGCUCGGUGCGGCGGAUUCCAUUGGCAGAGCUCACCGAGGUCUAUCAAGGCAACGAGCCUGAAGACAUCGAGACGCCGCUGGACGAACUUUGCGCGACCCUCAUGCUGGAGUCCUGUGAGUGCAUCUCCUUCUCCUUCGAGGACCUCCCGUCACGCGAGCGCUUCGCCAUGUGCUUGCAAGUCCUUGUGGACGGCCAGCAAUGACUCGGACGCCCAGUCACCCCCUAUGGUUGGCCGAGAAAACGCAAGGGGUGGUUGCAAAAGGGGUGAAUGUAGGCAUAAUAUGCCAGUCGUUUGGAAACCGUCCGGGGAUCGGUGC